AUGGGCAAACCAAAAGGCGACCGGGGCCCGCGAAGGGCUCGAUCCAGUCUCGGACAAGUUUCCUGCUUGACAAAGUCCGUAAGUCACUUGGAGGAUACACUUCAAAGCCUAGUGGAAGGAGGCAACACAUCAGCUCUGCCUUACUCUCCACCGGCGCAGAGCUAUGGCACAUUAUUCGACGGAGAUGAAUGGGACUCCUUUGGCACUGAACUAUCAUCCAGUAUCCAACCUGAGACAAAUCAAGACGCCCAUAAUUAUUCUCCACGGCCAGACAAUAUCCUUCCAUCUAUUAUAGCGCCAGCUCAUCAGGAAUCACCGCCAGGCUCAAUUAUCUCAAAGGAAAGCCACAUUCGCCAUAUCAUAGACCAAACUGCUCUCUGCACGAAUGCGGAGAAAAGGGAUACUUUGCUGCACCUAUAUUUUGAGCAUAUUCAACCCGCCUUCCCGAUGUUCCGAAAGGCUCUAUUUUACGACGAGCUAUCUGCAAAUAUGAUCCCACCAGCCCUAUUGUACUCGAUGUUUGCGGUUUCUUCCCGAUUUGCCGGCACCAGCUGCUACACUGAUUCAGGCUCUCCUACUCAGCCGCAGGAAUACUUCGAUGCUGCUUAUAAAGGAUUCCGUCAAGAAAUGGAUCGGAAUCGACCGGUGGAAUUGAACGACGUCAAAACCGCAUGUCUCCUCGCAUUAUACGACUACACAUCGGCGCCUAGCCGUCGGGCAUGGCUACUCGUUCGCGAUGCCAUGAGUCUCGCUUUGGCUGCUAGACUACACGAGAUCGAUAGCCUAGAUUCUUUACACGAAUUCUCUGAUGCUGAAAAGGAAGAGCGACGGUUCGUGUGGUGGACUAUUUGGAAGUUAGACUCCACAGUCAAUGUCUCAACGGUGACUCCUUUUGGGAUCGACUGUCGGAUGAUAGGAACUGCCUUGGUGUCAACUACCGUCCAGAACUUCACGGCCAAUGCCUUAGGGCCAAUAAUACCAGUGAUUCCAGAAAUGGACCCAGUCAAGUCUUGGAGUUCGAUCUUGGCGCCCAAUCUACAGGAUACUGGAGAUGGGUUCAACACUCAUUUAUAUGCGGUGUCUCUGCUACGAGCAGUCUCCGAAUGUCAACAGCGCCUCAAUGCAAAGCUGUGCCCUGAAGAGAUUGGCCGAGCAGAUACUCUGAAUCGCAUACUAUCUUCCCUCCACCUCAUUUUACCAGACUGUUUCUUCAGUCCAACUGUGCGCUAUGGCAUGCUUACUGUGGACUGA